AGGAUAAAUGGGCGGAUGAGUCUCUUGCUGCUCUUCCAUGCCCAGCUGUUGUACUUUCUCAUCCAGAAACCUGCCUACAUUUCCAGGGAAGAACGAAAAUCAGAUUAUAUAUUAUCCCGGGCGGCCCCCCCACACGAAAGGGAGCAGAAACCCACAGAAGUGGUGAUGUUCAGUAAAGUGUACGAGCGCAGCGUCUGUCAGGUGCGGGAGGUCUUGGUGGACAUAUACCAGGAAUAUCCGGACGAGGUGGAGUACAUCUAUAAACCGUCCUGCGUGCCUUUGAUGAGGUGUGCAGGUUGCUGCCUCGAUGAGACCUUGGAGUGUGCACCCACAGACUUCCACAAUGUCACAAUGCAGAUCGCGAGGUUUAAGCCUCACGUGAGUAACGUGUAUGUGCACAAGAGCUUCCUGCAGCACAGUCAUUGUGAGUGCAGGCAAAAGAAAGAAAUUAGAGGCAAACAGGAAAAAAAAGCAAAACGAGGGAAGGGCCUUAAACGAAAGCGCAAGAAAAUCCGGUACAAAUCACAGCGCUUUCCUUGCGAGCCUUGCACAGACACAGAGAGGAGAAAACACUUGUUUGUCCAAGACCCCCAGACCUGUAAAUGUUCCUGUAAAAACACAGACUCGCGUUGUAAAACGAGGCAGCUUGAGUUAAACGAAAGGACUUGCAGGAGAGACAAGAAGCCUAGUCCAGCUAUAUGGGGCCCCCUUUUCUGCUGACCUCGCUCAUUAACAUGUGCCCUGCCACCUCUGUGCAGCAAAAUGUGAAAAACCACGGCGGUGAAACAGGGGAGAGUCUCCCAAGAAGAGACCAGAUGGAGUCAAAAUGAAGGAUCGAAACUCCGCACAGCACUUUGUCUUACAUGCAUUCCGUGUCCCUCAGGAGGGGAAGAAUAGCGCCAUCAUUCAGUAAAAUGCUAUUUCUCCUUAUCUUUAACAAAUUUGAUGCUGCUACACACCAAGAGCCAGAACAGCGGGGGUCAUAUCUUUUUUCCGGAUUCUUAUAAAUAUAUUAUUAUUAUUAUAAUAAGUAAAUAUAGAUAUAAAUAUAUAUAUAUUUGUGUAUAUAUAUUGGUUAUUUUUUUUUUAAACUGACGUACGUGGGGUAUAGCCGCUCAGUGGAGGCUAACCUCUAAUAAUAUUAAUUUUUAUUUUUUUUCUGGAUUGUAACCUGUUGUCGCUAUAUCUCUGCUAAGCCCAUACUUACCUGGCAAAGUUCAGAUCAAAGGUCAAAGAAUCCCUGCUGAGAUGUUCUGGAAUCAUGCAACUGCAAAAUUCGAUCCUUCAUGAAACAUGCCCCAUGCCCCCUCCAGACAUAAAGACUUUGAGGCAAUGGAGACUGAGCAGUGUUGUAUGUUGGCCUUUGGCCCAUCAUUCUCAAAAUGGAGGAACUUUUUGUGACGUUUAGUCACCAGGUUGGUGUGUGUGUUCUGGAUUCGGGCAUGCUCUCCACGUUAAGAAAACCUCUAAUGACUUUGUUUCCGAUGGACACUUUCAUCUUCUUGUCGGCCAAAAAAAAAAAAAAAGACAACUUCUUCUUAAUGAUGUGACCUGUUGGCUCCAUUUUGUCAGGCAUAUGCUGAGCCAGUACCACUGGUUUUUCUGUGGUCUUAAUGCAACACUAGAAGCCCAAGAUCUCCUUCGAGCAAAGACAAAGUCUUGACCAAAAUCCAGGUCACAAGAGGAAAGGUUCCAGAUCAGACCUGGCCUGAUGUUUAGAACCCAUUGGGACAGGUGCUCUCCCAGUGAGCAAUCGGCAAAUAACAUGAACUCUUAUACAUUUGAGUUAAUUACUUACCCCAGUGAGGAGACUCACUCAUAAUGAGUGGAAACGUCUAUAAUAAGAGUAACGCUCACUCAUAAUGAGUGCAGCUUGCUCUUUAAUGAAUGAGACUUGUUUAUGUUGAGUGAGACUGCCUUCCAGUGGGUGAAUGGUUCCCCCACCCAAAUCACAGAACCAGGACUGGCUUAGCAUGUCUGAGAAUCUGAAAGUGACCUGUUUCAGGCACCGGCCAUCUAAAUUUUACCAUGAGUCCUGAGGCUGCGGCUUAUGGAAUCACUGGAGUAUUUAGGACGUAUUCACUGUAGCCUUGGUCAUGUAAAUCAUGUAUACAGACAUACACACCUGUUAUAAGGUUCCACGUGCCUUGCAGCCUAGUAACGAGUGAGGCUCUUGCUUCUGCACAAAGAGACCCUGACAUAUGUUUAAAGGACUAUAGUGCCGAUGAAAGAUUAAGUGAUAACAAUGACACAAAUAAAGGGUUGAUCCCUGUUUGAGGGACUUGGUUCCUUUGCUGCUAGACUGUGUUAGAAUGGACACCCCGUGCAAACGGCUUAGUUGUCUGGGAACUCUUUUCACUGGGGGUUACAUUUGUAUCUGUAUGGAUGUGUACGUGCGGUGAUCAGUGUUACCUAAUUCAAGGCAAGGAAGCUUACAAGUGGUGGUGUGAUUGGUAAGUUCCCCCAGGAAGAGUGACGUGAUUCCAACAGUACCCACAUAUACAAAGAGAAUGAACUUUCUAGUGCCAAAUACAGACACGGAGUUACUAUACUAUUAGUCAUGUACAGUAAGUGCCUUUUUCUUGGAUGUAGAGCACAUUGCAAUGCUACUGAUAACACAAAAUCUUCAACCCAUGGCUAGGCAAGGUCCUUUCGUAUUUGUCAUGAGCCUCAACUGAUGCACAGAACAGAGGGAAUUCCAUAUUUUCAGCUCACACCCAUAGUGUUAUAAUGUCCAUCCAUUGUAUAUAGUCCCAUCAUAUUCCAGCUCUGUGCACGGACAGUAACCCGUCCACGGCAGAAGCUGUAGUGUGUGUAUGUGUGUACAUGGGUGCACAAAACGUUUAAAUAAAACGUUCUUUUAUUUAAUGUCCCUUUUGUCAAACUGAUACAUGAAUUGAGAUGAGGAUGGAAGUCUACAGUAUUUCUUUUGUUAUAUUUAAAGUAAUUUAUGGAAAAAAGAAAAAAAAUACAUGAAUUGUCCAAUA